UCAGUGUGUAAGACUUCUUCUAGUGUGUGUGUGCGUGUACAGAAGAGGGACGCUAACUGUUAUAAAGCAGCCGGGUGAACACCAACGGCACGUCAUUCGCUCCAAAACCACCAGUCCAACUGGAAACGUCUUCCUCUCGCUGCCGUUCCUCCUCUCUCUGUCUCACUUUGAAGCUUUUUUGCAUUCGAAAGCUGUCGAAUUUUUCUUUUGACUCGGUCAUUUUUCGUAGCAAGAAUUUUGACUGCAGUUGGAGAUCGAACGAGAACUUGAAAAUCUGGCAUCUCUUUGAGGCAUCAGCGUCGUGAACGAGCAACGCCAAAACUUGAAAUUACCGUUUGCCAACAGAGGGCACGCAGACGCACAGGUUUGUGACAGCUACGAUAGUUGUGCGAUUGUUCGUCGGUCAUCCGCUCGCCAGCCGUUAAGGAUUUCGAUUUUUGUCGUGUCGUUGGCUUCGUCUUUUAUCGAUCAAUUAAAAGAACAAAACAAAACACACACAAAAAAAAAAGUGAUUCGGAUUAUUCCCUUAGUUGUGCUGACUCUGUUUCUCAUCAUCAUUCAUCAAGGUGCGUGGUGAUUCCAACGCGCGUAUCUCAAACCAACCGACAGAAAAAACAUCAAGAAAAACAGAAAACACAAAAAAAUGUUCGUGUGGAGGUUACUGCUGGUCACCGCCUUCAUCGGCGCGGUGGUCCUAGCCGCUGAGGAAGUCAAGAAAACCGAAGAGAAAGCCGCCGACAAGCCCGUCGUCGUCGUCGUGGAAAAGGCGGUCGAGAAAACAGCAGACAUUGUUCAACCGGCAGAUAAAAGCGUAGCGACAGCAGCGCAAAAGGAUGCAGUGGUUAGCCCUACGGCCGGAACGCCAGCGGCCGUUGCUAAAGCGCCGGCCAAAGUCGCUCAAAAUCGAGUGGCCGUCAUUGACGCUGUCGAAGGCGAAGAGGAGGAGGAGGAAGCGGAAGAGGAAGAGGAAGAGCCGCACGCUUCGGCUUUGCACGCAGAACACCGUGAAGCUGUUGAUGAGGAAGAGGAGGAAGAAGAUCAAUUGGCUUUGGAGACAUCCAAUGUCCAGGAGAAGGACGGAGCUGGACACGGACACGGACACCAUCAUCACGAACAAGGCCCAGCUUACCAUACUGGCGGCGGAUCGCAGCAUUACCACGGCAAACAACAAGGUCCGAUUCCGGUGCCACUGCCCGUUCCGGUUCAUCCGGCAUCGGUCGUUUUGCCCACGUUGCCUAAACAGCAAUACAACCCGCCGGCGCAGUACAAAGCCCCUCCACCGAGCCCGUACAUUCCUUCGGCUUCGGCUCCUGCUCCGGCUUACCAGUCCGUUCCUCCUCCACCUCCGCCACCUGGACCUCAGGCCGCCUAUUCGGCUCAACGGCCCGUCUACUCUCAGGCACCACCUCCGCCCAGGCCGCAAUAUCAGCCUCAACCGCAGCCUGCCUACCAACCACCUCCACCUCCACCAGCUCAACCUAUCUACGCUCCUGCCCCUCAGCCAUCUUACCAACCACCUCCUCCACCUCCCCCACAGCCGUCUUAUCAACCACCUCCCCCACCUCAGGCUCAGCCAUCUUACCAGCAGACGGCGUUCCAACCACCUCCGCCACCACCAUCUUACCAGCCACCCGCUCAGGCUUACCAACCUCCUCCACCACCUCCACCGGCCGAGAGGAACUCGUACGGACCGACUAGCGCUCCCUCUUUGCCCGAACCUGCCCAGCAAGUGCAACAGUACCGUCCCGAAGCAACGGUCGCUCUUCCCGCACAAGCCGCCCCAUCUGAACCGUGGCCAGCCCCCGUCCAGGACAUGCCCAGGAUCGUUUCGCUGGAUGUCAAAUGCGAAAAGAAUCUGAUGAAGGUCUUCAUUGAAUUUGAUAAACCUUUCAACGGGGUCAUCUUCUCAAAGGGACACUACGCCAACGCCAACUGCGUCCACCUGCCGGCAGGACUCGGCCGCACGUCGGCCAACUUCGAUGUCAGCAUCAACACUUGCGGUACAACUGGCAACACUGAAAACGGCCUUUACGGCUAUGGCUCUCAGGCCGGCUCGGGAACAUUCUUCGAGAAUACAAUCAUUGUCCAGUUCGACCCUCAAGUCCAGGAAGUGUGGGAUCAGGCCCGCAAAUUGCGCUGCACUUGGCACGACCAGUACGAGAAGUCGGUCACGUUCCGUCCGUUCCCCGUCGACAUGUUGGACGUCGUUCGCGCUGAUUUCGCCGGCGACAACGUCGGAUGCUGGAUGCAGAUCCAGGUCGGCAAAGGACCAUGGGCUUCUGAAGUGUCCGGCUUGGUCAAAAUCGGUCAGACGAUGACCAUGGUGUUGGCCAUCAAGGAUGACGACGGCAAAUUCGACAUGCUCGUCCGCAAUUGCAUGGCUCACGAUGGCAAACGGGCGCCCAUCCAAUUGGUCGACCAGCGAGGUUGCGUCACACGACCCAAACUCAUGUCACGAUUCACGAAAAUCAAGAACUUUGGCUCUUCCGCAUCCGUCCUCUCUUACGCCCACUUCCAGGCUUUCAAAUUCCCCGAUUCGAUGGAGGUUCACUUCCAGUGCACCAUUCAAAUCUGUCGCAAUCAAUGCCCCGAUCAGUGCGCGGGAUCUGAGCAAUACUCGGCGGCUUCGUCAGUGUCAGCCAGUGAGCCGAGGAAUCCUUACAACAGGAUCGGGGCAGUGGCCAGCAGACCACGAGCUGAAGAUCAGGAUGGCAUUCAAAGAUCGCCGAGAAGUCAGCGCGAUGUCAGCGCCUCUGAACAAGAGCCGACUCGGGCAGAGCAACAGGAUGUCGGUAUCAACCGCAUCAUCCAGGUGGUGUCCACCGGCGAUUUGACGUUCGCCCUGGAACAGCAGAGCGACAACACGACGACCAUCGUCUUCCCGUCGCGUUCAGAGACCGAAGGUCUCAUUUGCAUGACCUCUCCCGGCUUCGCGGCCACUCUGGUCGUUCUCCUGCUCAUCUUGAUCAUUUCCUGUUUGCUGUCCGCCUUCCUCUGCAUCCGGCACCGGGCCUUCGGUGUCGACCGAUCGUUAGUCUCAGCCUUCGCCAAUCCAGCUUUCGCCCACAAGAAGGGCCAUUUUUAGACAUUUGAAAUAAUCGCAUCAUUUGGUCGGAGAAGACGUAUUAUUAUAAAACAAAUAAUUUGGGGGGGGGAGACUAGUGACGAUCCAGCAAGUUGGAUCACGGACGUGCCGCGCGCCUUUUCUUAAUGGAUUGCGCGCAACACUAAAGACGCAUUUAUUUAUUUAUUAUUAUUAUUUUUUUAAACACAGCACACGGACACAGACACGAGACGUUUUUAUUUUAUUUUUGUUUUCUUUGACGAUGACUGGACAAACACGAAUUCACGCACAGACUUCUUGACAUUUACGGGGGACAGUUUGUUUUUUAUUGUUUUGACGACCCAUUUUUUUUUGUUGUUGUUGGACGAGACGCAUCACAUCACGGGUGACAUUUUCUCUGGAGCCUAUACUAUUUAAUGAGAAUUUCACUUUUCCUUAAGUUAAUUUCUUUUCAUUAUACAUUUUCAAAUAAAAAUGGAAAAGACACAACGACUGUAUUAUCAUUACUACGCGACUUUCAGACUUGACUAUCUAGCAGACUGACAAUUGUUUCCUCCCCCCAGAAAAUUGGAGACAUAAAGAGACGAUUGGGGACAUCAUUACUUCACAUUCGAUAUAUAUUUAGCUAUUACGGACGCAUAGACUGACGCACAGACUGACACCGACCUGGGAGAGUAAGACGAGACUUCAGCAUGUCUACAUUUUCCUUUAAAAAAAGAACAACAAAACAAAAGACGUAGUUUGACGGACAAAAGCAUUAACCAGUUUUGAAUUCAAUUUUUUUGUUUUCCCUCUUUUCAUUUGGUUUCGAUAUCUAGCGCGCGAUCACGUCAACUUGUCAAAUUUGAUUAGCGGCAUUUUGAUAUCGAUCUAACAAUCAAUUUUCCUUGUGUUUUUUUCUCUUAAUUUAAUUUUUCCGUGUCUCUUUUCAUUUUUUUGUUUUGAGGGUUUUACAACGAAAUUGAUCACAUCAUGUCAAGAGACCAAUCCUUAUGAUAAUGGCGGAUUACUAGUAUGUAACUCGUGAUCUUGGGAAUUUUUCAAUUUUCCUUUUUUUUUUUCAUGUUACUUUUUCUUUUCUCAAUUUUUAUUUAACGAUUUUCAUUCAUUCAAUUGGGAUUUUUUAAAUAUUUUUCUUUCCAAAAUGUAUGCUGUGUGUGUGAGUGUGCGUGUGUGUUGAAGACGACAGAACGAUCAACAAAUCAUAACUGACGCGUGUGCACUUUGAUUUUGCUCAUAUUUCGCCCUCCUUUUGGCCUGUACUAUUUUUUUUUUCUUUCUUUCAUUUGGGGAAAAACAAAAUUAAAUUUCGUGCAUGUAUUUAUGUAUUCCUUAACUGAUUCUUAAAGAA